AUGUUUGCACAGUUACCUGUCGUAGCCUUCUUAUGCGCAGUUCUAGUGCUUAUCCCUUUCCCUUGGCACUGGAGAGCUGGAACUGUGUCUACUCUUGCGAUCAGUGUUUGGCUUUUUGUGAGCAACCUCAUCUUCGGUAUCGAUGCUAUCAUCUGGGGAGAUACAGUCUUGAGUGUAGCACCUGUAUGGUGCGAUAUCGCAACGAAAAUUCAAAUGGGAAGCAACGUUGCCCUUCCUGCCGCCAUGUUCUGCCUCUGCAUGCAUCUGGAACGCGUUUCUUCAGUUCGUCAGGCUAGGACGACAUGCUCCGAGAAGCGUCGAAGGCAGAUAGUUGAUUCAUUACUCUGUUUUGGCGUACCAGCAAUCUACAUGGCUCUCCAUUAUGUUGUUCAAGGCCAUCGCUUUGAUAUUGUCGAAGGAUUUGGAUGUCGCCCGACCAUCUACGUAUCUGUAGCCUCCAUCUUCUUGAUUUGGGUACCCCCGCUAUUCUUUUCUGUGGGUGCAUGUAUAUUUGCAGCAAUGGCGUUUAGUCACUUCUGGCGUAGGCGUGCAACGUUCGCAAAACAUCUGCAGAAUUCCAAUACAGCACUCACCACGGGUCGUUACUUCCGAUUAAUGUGUAUGGCCAUAGUAGAAAUGUUUUUCGGUUUGCUAGUAACGUCUCUCAACAUGUGGUUCUCCCUUCGUGGUGGUCUUCGUCCUUGGAUUAGUUGGGGCAACGUACACUCGAACUUUUCCGAAGUUGCAUAUUUUCCCCUCGCUAUCAUCCCUCAAGCUGAGCUUGCUUGGACAUUCGCCUUGUGGUUUAUGAUUCCUAUUGCGUCUAUCAUAUUCUUUGGGUUCUUUGCCUUUGGCCAAGAUGCUAUGAAGGAGUACGCCGCGACGUUCGCCUGGAUCAAGCAUAAUGUCCUCCGUUUACCAGACACGGCCAGUGCUGGCUUUGGAUUUAUGUCCUCGCGUAUCACAGCCGAAACGGAGGCAAUCACCCCACCCUUCCUCAUAUUGCCACCCUAA